CAACUGUAUUUGAUAUGGACAUUGAUAUAUCAAAUCGAUACAUCGCUACAGUAUCAGGAGAACGUCGAUUAAAUGUUUAUCACAUUGAUACUGGUAAAAAUGUACGUUCUUACAAAUCUGACACACCUGAGGAGGUCAAUGCUGCAGAUCAAGGAAGCUUGCUCAGAAUUUCUUUGGAUCCUAGCGGCGUGCAUGCUGUUACUGGCGGGUCUGAUAAAAGUAUUCGGCUCUUCGAUUUCACUAAUGGUGCUAUAUUGGGCAAAGUACUUGGACAUUCUGAAUUAAUUACUGGAGUAAAAUUUACUUCAGAUUGUGAACGUGUAAUUUCAACUUCCGCAGAUGGUUGUAUUUUUGUGUGGAAAAUAUCGGACGAAUUAGUUUCAAAAAUGCGACAAAAAUGGCUGGAUAGAAGUGGUAUUGGUAGCUCGCUUGAAAGGUCAAUGAAAGAUUAUCUUUCACCACAAUUAUCAACACUGCCAUUAAAAUCGCCUAAGGUUACUUUGCCAGCACAAAAACCACAAUCACUUAUGGUAGAUCUUCAACAAUCAUCAAAUGAUGAUAACAGUAGGCCAGAAUCUGGGUUUUCUGUUCGUAGAGUAUCAAACGGU